GAGAGCGCAGCUCCUUUGACCCUCGGCGGCGCCUUUCUGUUAGGCUGACCCUGAAAAUGAGGGUCCCGGCGGCGGGUAGCCCGGAGUGCCGCGGUUUGUGAAGAGCAGCUUUUGACCGUGGAGGCCUAAUGAGAAAACGGACUCGGCGGGCAGAAGAAGAGCCGGAGGCUGCUUGGGCAGAAGAUUACUCAUGAGGCAGAUGUGAAGACACAAAGCAGGAGCACGCAUCUGGACGCGUGUCACGCUCGAAGGCAGCCAAGGAGGGGGUUCAACGUGAAAGAAGGGUGGGAGCCUCAGCCCCAGAGGCUCUUGUCAAUAAAGGCACAAUGCUGGAAUCCUAUGUAACUCCUAUUCUAAUGAGUUAUGUGAAUCGUUAUAUCAAGAAUUUGAAGCCCUCUGAUUUACAGUUGUCACUCUGGGGAGGAGAUGUAGUUCUCAGCAAACUUGAACUAAAACUUGAUGUUCUUGAACAGGAGCUGAAAUUGCCAUUUACCUUUUUAAGUGGACACAUUCACGAAUUGCGUAUUCAUGUACCAUGGACAAAACUUGGUUCAGAACCAGUCGUGAUUACAAUCAAUACAAUGGAGUGUAUCUUGAAGUUAAAGGAUGGACUACAGGAUGACCAUGAAAGUUGUGGUUCCAGUUCAACAAAUCGUAGUACUACAGAAGGUUCAAAAACGACAGUAAAACCAAGAAAAAUACAACAGACUUCUCCUGACCCUGAUUUGCCACCAGGUUAUGUACAAAGUUUGAUUUGGCGGGUUAUAAACAACGUCAACAUUGUCAUUAAUAACCUCAUACUCAAAUAUGUGGAGGAUGAUAUUGUUCUUUCUGUUAAUAUUACUUCUGCGGAAUGUUACACAGUAGAUGAAUUUUGGGAUCGAGCCUUUAUGGAUAUAUCAGCAACAGAUUUGGUACUAAGGAAAGUGAUAAACUUUUCUGAUUGUACAGUUUGUCUAGACAAAAGGAAUGCUAGUGGCAAAAUUGAAUUUUAUCAAGAUCCUCUGCUAUACAAGUGUUCAUUUAGAACUCGCUUGCACUUCACUUAUGAUAAUCUUAAUUCUAAGAUGCCAUCCAUUAUUAAAGUUCAUACUUUAGUUGAAAGUCUGAAGCUUUCUAUUACUGAUCAACAGCUUCCUAUGUUUAUCCGUAUAAUGCAACUUGUAAUAUCACUGUAUUAUGGAGAAAUUGGUAACUUUAAAGAUGGAGAAAGUGAAGACCCUAUUUGUCACACCAAGGAUAUCUUGGGUAAUAUCUCAGGUGCAGAAGAUGAAAUAGGCAAAGACAUUUCUCCAGAAUUUUAUAUUCCACAAGAUGAUGAUCAACAGCAAGGGUGGGUGUCGUGGGCCUGGUCCUUUGUACCUGCUAUUGUGGGCACUGAUAAUGAAGACAGUGAUGAUGUUGGCGUGGAGGACGGAACGAUGAAUCAACAGAAAAGUCCAAUCAUUAAGGAUCCCAUUGUUUCCAUAGGAUUUUAUUGCACAAAGGCAACAAUCACUUUCAAACUCACUGAAAUGCAAGCUGAAAGUAGUUAUUACAGUCCACAGAAAGUAAAAUCCAAAGAAAUAAUUUGCUGGCAACAAGAAGGAACUACAAUUGAGGCCCUUAUGAGAGGAGAACCUUUCUUUAAUUGCCAGAUAGGAUUUGUUGGUUGCCAAGCUCUUUGCCUUAAAGGAAUUAUGGGAGUCAAAGAUUUUGAAGAGAACAAGAACAGAAGUGAAUCAGAAGCAUGCUUUUUCCACUGUGGAGAAAAUCUCAGUACAAAAGGAAUGACAUAUCUUACCAAUUCACUAUUUGAUUAUAGAAGUCCUGAAAACAAUGGUGUCCGUGCAGAAUUUAUUUUGGACGCAGCUGCUCAUAAGGAGAUGUACACAGAGAUAACAGGAAUGCAGCGGUUUGGGGCUUUCUACAUGGAUUAUCUGUACACAAUGGAGAGCACCAGUGGCAAAGGGUCUGGAAAUCAGCCAGAUGUGACUUCUGUGAAGAUUGAAGACUUCAUUGGUGUUCAGGAGAUGUCUACAAAAGGUCUUAUUAUAGGACCUCUCAGUCUUCGACUUGAUAGCAGUGCAGUGCACAGAAUUAUAAAAAUGAUUGUUUGUGCUCUGGAACACGAAUAUGAGCCUUAUAGCAAGUCUAAAUUAGAUUUUAUAGAAGGAGCCAAAGUUUUGCCAAGCACAGAAGAAGCUACUGCCUUAGAGGAAUAUAUUCCAACUCGGAUCACAACCUUUUCAAUUCUGAAAUGCACUGUUACUGUUCCUAUGGCUGAAUUCAAUUUGCUUGCCCAUUUAUUGCCUGUUAUUAUGGGUCAAAAGAGUUCAAGCAACUUCCUAACUACAACGAAUCUUCAGUUGCUACGGCCUCUGCCUUGUAUCCGAAUAUUGGUAGAUAAAAUGAUCCUGGAACAUUCAGUGCCAAUGUAUGCUGAUCAACUUGUGCAAUAUGUCAGCAGCCUUAAUCAGCCAUCUGAUAAUUUACUUCACUAUUGCUAUAUGCACUGCUAUCUUAAGAUAUUUGGUUUUCAAGCGGGAUUGACAUCAUUGGAUAUUAAUGGAUGUUAUAGUUUACCAACUUCAGUAAUUCCUCAAUUCAGCACAGCUAUAUAUGGCAAAAUCCUUAAGCUACCUAAUUACUGGUCUAAGCGAUCUAAUAUUGCAGAGAACGAAUUUAUAUUUGAGCUUCCAAAUUUGACAAUUCAAGCUACAAGAGCUCAGAACUUUCUAAUGCAAACUAUUUGGCAGAGUUGGGCUUAUACUGGAAAUUCUACUUCAUCAUUAGUGAAUGAAAGUUUAAUGAAUGAAGUCUUCCAAAUAUCAGGUGUGAAAACUAAGAAUCCUCAGCCGAGUCUUGAGGGUUCAAUCCAAAAUGUUGAAUUGAAGUACUGUAGCACAUUGCUGGUCAAAUGUGCCUCUGGAACCAUCGGAUCAAUAAAAAUUUGUGCCAAAGCCCCAGGUGAUGGUGGAAAGGAGAAGCGCAUCCCUUUAAUACAAGGUCCAUCCGAUACCAGAGACCUACACAAUAGCAAAUGGCUCAAGGAAAGCAGAAAGCCAGAGUCACUCUUUGCUCCAGAUUGGUUAGCUUUCACCAUUCAGAUCCCUCAGUGUAAGGAUUACAGUUACAGUUCUGGAGCAGUGCUUUUAGCCAGCAUGCAAGGAUUAACUGUUAAUAUUGAUCCAGUUUUAUAUACCUGGCUCAUGUACCAACCUCAAAAACGGAACAGCAGACUAAUGCAGCAGGCUGGAUCUGUCUCUCUCGGGACACCUGUCACAAGGAAAAAAGAUGAUGAGAUGUCAGUUGGGAGCACACCAUUGAUUAAGCAUCAGUCAAAUCAGGCUUCUGAAUAUGCCAGUAGCCCUGUAAAAACAAAAACUGUAACAGAAUCACGACCAUUAUCGGUACCAGUGAAAGCCAUGCUUAAUUCAACUGAAAUGUGCAGCAAAAGUUCUGAGGAAAGAAUGAAAGAAUUUAUUAGUGUGGUAUGGAAUGCAGUUAAGUGCCUUACUCUUCAGCUGGAAGUGCAGUCAUGCUGUGUGUUCAUUCCCAAUGACAGCCUGCCAUCUCCCAGUACUAUUGUGUCUGGUGAUAUUCCUGGCACUGUCCGUAGUUGGUAUCAUGGGCAGACUAGUAUGCCUGGAACUCUUGUCAUUUGCUUACCUCUUCUAAAGAUUAUGAGUGCAGGGCACAAGUACAUGGAACCCCUCCAAGAGAUUCCCUUUAUUGUGCCAAGACCAAUACUUGAAGAAGGAGAUGCUUUUCCUUGGACAAUCAGUCUGAAUUAUUUCAGCAUCUAUACGCUUCUGGGGCAGCAGUUGACCCUUAAUAUCAUAGAACCUGUUGGCUGCACUUCUACUCUGGCAGUUACUUCACAAGUGUUGCCCACUGCAGGAUCAGAAUCCAGGCACUCAUUUGUUGUAUGUCUUCAUGUUGACCUUGAAUCGCUUGAAGUAAAAUGCUCAAAUCCUCAGGUGCAACUGCUAUAUGAACUAACAGAUUUAAUGGAGAAAGUUUGGAAUAAGAUUCAUAAGAAGGGAAUUUUCCAUCAGUCUCUGGCACAUACAGAAUCUGUUUCAGGACCUGUACCACCUGUUUCACCUGUUAAAAGUAGUAUUGGGACUGCUCCACUGGAUACCAGUACAUGUAGUCCAUCAGCUGACAUUGGGACAACUACAGAGGGUGAAUCUCUGCAAGGCGGUGAUGAUUCUCCAUUCUCGGACUCUGUUACCUUAGAGCAAACAACAAGCAAUAUUGGCAUCUCAAGCGGACGUGUGAGUUUAUGGAUGCAGUGGAUGUUGCCAAAACUUACUGUCAAGUUAUUUGCACCAGAUCCAGAAAACAAAGGCACAGAGAUAUGUGUGGUUGGUGAGUUAGAAGAUCUCAGUGCUUCAGUGGAUGUACAAGAUGUCUACACCAAAGUAAAGUGUAAAAUAGAAAGUUUCAACAUUGACCACUACAGAAAUAGACCAGGAGAAGGCUGGCAAUCUGGACAAUUUGAAGGGAUAUUUCUACAAUGCAAAGAAAAGCUUGUGGCAACUGCAAAACUUUUGGAUGGUUCUCAUCAACAGCAUGGAUUUCUCUCUUUGACUUACACAAAAGCAGUCACAAAAAAUGUCCGUCACAAAUUGAUCUCAAGAAAUGAACGAAGAACCUUGCAGAAAUUAUCUGAAAGUUUUACAGAUAGUUCUCCUCAUUUUCUUCAUGAGAUUCUUCUUUCGGCUCAGGCAUUUGAUGUUGUUUUUUGCUUUCCUUUCCUCAAUGCAAUUGCAAGUAUUUUUCAAAUGAAUCUUCGAAAGAGUCAAAAAGAGAAAAGAAAAUCGCCAGGCCAGCCUAUGAGGUCCCAUAUUCUCACAUCUCGCAACCUGCCACUUAUUUAUAUCAAUACUGGGGUAAUCAGAAUUUUCUUCCCCAAAAUGGAGGGAGGACCAUGUAACAUAGAAGCCAAUAAGACAAACAAGGAAGAUACUUUGGUACUUAAAGUUGGUUCUGUAUCAAUGGCUCCUCAGGCUGACAAUCCUCUUAGUAGAGUUGUGUUGAGGAAAGAUAUUUAUCAGAGAGCACUGAAUUUGGGAGUUCUUCGAGAUCCUGGUUCAGAGGUUGAAGAUAGACAGUACCAAAUAGACCUCCAGUCCAUCAACAUUGGUACUGCUCAGUGGGAACAGCUGAAGCCAGAAAAGGAAAAUGGUAAAAGCAGAGCAGUGCCAGAGAAUGAAAGGAAUUCUCAGAAUCCAGCACUUGAGUGGAAUAUGGCCAGUAGCAUAAAACACCAUCAAGAACGGAGAGCUAUUUUAACUCCAAUUUUAACAGACUUUACUGCACGGGUAACUGCAGCUCCUGCCAUUACUUUCACAAAAGUAAUUUCCCCAGAGAAUUUACACACAGAGGAAAUUUUAGUAUGUGGCCAUUCUUUGGAAGUGAAUAUGACAACAGGUCUGGAUUUCUUCCUCAGUGUUGCUCAGUUACAGCUCCUACAACAAUUAAUGCAGGAUAAUAUGUCUGGAUUGGAGCCUUCCAAUAAAGCUGCAGAGGUUUUCAAACUGGAACAGAAGAAGACAGAUACGUCUGAUGGGGGUACAGCUGAAACAUCUUCACGUUAUAGUGGAGCCCAGGACAGUGGCAUUGGCAGUGACAGUGUUAAAAUCAGAAUAGUCCAAAUAGAACAACAUAGCGGCACCAGCCAACACCGCAUUGCCCAACCUUCCCGACAGUCUUCUAUAGUGAAGAACCUAAACUUUAUCCCUUUUGACAUUUUUAUUACUGCAAGCCGAUUCUCCUUCAUGACAUAUUCAUGUACUACUUUACUUAAAUCAAAAUCACAGGAAGAUCAAAAAGAUGGUGAAAAAACCAUAAAAACUUCAUUAAACCUUCCAGAAAUAGUUGAUGAUUCCAAGAAAUCUGACAAAGCAGGUGUUUCAUCAGUAACAGCAGAUGAUCUUCUAAACUGUAACAGUUCAUUGCCCUCUGGGAAAAAGUCAGGUCUUAUAUCUCUGGAAAGUCUUCAUGCUUCUACAAGAUCAUCUGCUAGACAAGCCUUGGGAGCAACUAUUGUCCGACAGCCUGGUCGCAGAGGAACUGGAGACUUGCGGUUAGAGCCAUUUUUGCACCUGGUUGUAUAUCAACCAUCUUUUAUCUUAAGCUGUCAUCAUAGAAAACAAAAAGUGGAAAUAUCUGUGUUUGAUGCUGUCCUUAAAGGUGUCGCAUCAGAUUACAAGUGUACAGAUCCCGGAAAAACUCUCCCAGAAGCACUUGACUACUGUAAGACCUGGUUACAGACAGUAGCAGGGGAAAUAGAUGUUAAAAGUGGUAUUCCACCUCCUCUCUUAACAUUGAAGAUUAAAGACUUCCUCAAUGGUCCAGCCAACAUAAAUGUGGAUAUAUCAAAGCCUCUGAAAGCCAAUAUCAGUUUUGUCAAGCUAGAUCAAAUAAAACAAUUUCUGAAAAAGCUAAGGCAAAAGAGUGGUUAUGAGGCCCAGGAGGGAAAUGUUUCAGCAACUGAUAGUGUUCCAAAGAAGGAUGACACAUAUACAUCCCAGUGUUGCAAAAAUAAAAUUUCCAACUCUGAAGAUCAUAGUUAUGGAGGGGAAAAAGCUUCAGCACAAGAAAACCUAUGGAUGAGCAUUUCCUGUUGUCAGCAAUUUUCUAUCCAUACCACUCAGAUUAUGGUUUCUGUGGAAACUUGCCCAAAUCCAUUUAAACCUUGCCUGUUGCUAUCUUUAUCAAACCUCAGUGGAAAUUUGAAUGCCAAAGUCAACUGUAAGACUAAAGGUAUAAUUAAUAAAUCCUCACUUACCCUUGACAUCAGUGAUUUCCUUAUAAAGACAAGUCUUCAGGAGAAAAGCAGGACUUUGGUUGGACCUACGUGCUGCUCUGUCACCAUAGAAGCUAAAUGGUGUAAACAUAGCGGGAAUCCUGGUCCCGAACUGGCUACUCCAAAAGUCUGUGUCGAUAUAAGAGGUGGACUGAUCCAGGUUUUUUGGGGACAGGAACAUUUGAACUGCUUAGUUCUUCUUAAUGAACUUCUGGAAACAUAUCUUGUUCAAGAAGACAAAACAGAAGGACAAAGGGCCAAUCAAAUAUAUCCGGUACAAUUUUCAAUGGAGAAGAAUCAGAUUUCUAAAACAGAACAUACUUCAGAUGAUCUACGAACAGGCCUAUUCCAGUAUAUACAAGAUACAGAUACACAAAAACUACCAGGUGCCUAUGAAGUUGUGUUUUACAAUGAAACCGAGGAUGAUGCAGGAAUGAUGUUAUGGAGAUAUCCAGAGCCCAGAGUGCUCACCCUUGUGAGAAUCACCCCAGUUCCUUUUAACACCACCGAGGAUCCAGAUAUUAGCACUGCAGAUCUUGGCGAUGUACUUCAGAUCCCCUGCAGUUUGGAAUACUGGGAUGAGCUCCAGAAGACAUUUGUUGCUUUCAGAGAGUUCAGCUUAUCAGAAAGCAAAGUUUGUGAGUUGUCCCUGCCAAGCAUCAACUUAAUAACUGAUCCAAAAGAGCUUGUAGCUUCAGAUCUUUGGAGAAUUGUUCUGAACAGCAACCAGAAUUCGGGGGAUGACCAAAGUUCAGAAAGUGAAUCGGGUUCCCAAAGUGCAUCGGAACAGUUUGUGACUCCUACCGCCCUAGCAGCCUGUACUAGGGUAGAUUCAUGCUUCACUCCCUGGUACGUGCCUGCCCUGGGACUUUCCAUUCAGUUUGCUCAUGCCGAACUUCAUCUUUGCCACCAUCUGGAUCAGCUGGGCAGAGGACCACCAAAGUUCCUACAUCCAUUUAUAUCUGAUAAAAAUGUGCCAUCUGAAUUAGAAUAUUCAAUCAUCUCUUUUGAAGAACCUCAUACCUAUUUCAGGCAAUGGAGUGAUGGAUCUGUCUUCAGAGACAUGCAGUUAUCCACUAGAAUUGACUGUAAACUUUUGGAGUGUAGAAAUCUAACUAAGCAAACUGUUGCAAAACCAUUUGGUAUAUUUGGGCAGCUUUCUGUUUCUGGAAAUUCCAUGGAAAAGAUUUUGGAUGGAAAUAUGGUAGUGGAUCCUGUAUUCAUCAGCUUUGGCCAACAUACCAUCCACUCUCUGCAUAAAACCCUUCAGGCUUGGCAACAGAAUCAAUGCCCUGAGGCAGAACAGCUAGUCUUUAGCCACUUUGUAAUCUGUAAUGACACACAGGAGACACUGCGGUUUGGCCAGGUAGACACAGAUGAAAAUGUUUUGCUGGAGAGCCUUCACAGUCACCAAUAUAGUUGGCGCUCUCACAAGUCCCCACAGCUGCUACAUACUUGUAUUGAAGGUUGGGGAAACUGGCGGUGGUCUGAGCCAUUUAGUGUAGAUAAUGCAGGAACAUUUAUCAGAACUAUUCAGUAUAAGGGAAGGACAGCUUCGCUUAUUAUCAAGAUUCAGCAGCUCAGUGGAAUACAAAAACAAAUCAUCAUUUGUGGAAGACAAAUUGUAUGUAGUUACCUAUCUGAAAGCAUUGAAUUGAAAGUUGUUCAACAUUAUAUUGGGCACGAUGGACAGGCUGUUGUGAAAGAACACUUUGAUUGCCUUGAACCCAAGCAGAAACUACCAUCGUAUGUUCUAGAAAAUAAUGAGUUGACAGAAUUGAGUGUAAAAGCUAAAGGGGAUGAAGAUUGGUCAAGAGAUGUGUCACUUGAGUCAAAGCUGACAGAAUAUAGCACAGUCAUCCAGGUGCCAUCAUCAAAUAGUUCUAUUAUUUAUGUAUGGUGCAUGGUUUUGAUGUUAGAGGCACAGACACAAGUCCAGCAACGAAUUAUUGUUUUCAGUCCUCUUUUUAUCAUAAGGAGCCAUCUUCCAGAUCCCAUCAUCGUACAUUUAGAGAAAAGAAACCUGGGUCUGAGUGAAAUGCAGUUAAUUCCUGGAAAAGGACAAGAAAAAACUCUGCAAAAUAUAGAACCAGAUCUAAUCCAUCACUUAACCUUCCAAGCCAGGGAAGAAGAUAAUCCCUCAGAAUGUGCAGUGCCUAUCUCAACAGCACUUAUUAAACAGAUAGCCACCAAAUUGAAUAUAAAUGGCACCAUACAUGAAAUACUCAAUGAUUUUUAUGGGUGCAGCAGCUUGCCUCAAUCUGUCUGGCCUUACAUAAGGAAGGAUUUUGCCAGCAGUGAACAGCUCACUCAGUGGGAUAGCCCAAUGCGCGUGAAGCUAUCGGUGUGGAAGCCAUGUGUGAAAACGCUGCUGAUAGAACUCCUGCCGUGGGCUCUGCUGAUUAAUCAGUCCAAGUGGGAUCUUUGGCUAUUUGAAGGAGAAAGGAUUGUUCUGCAGAUUCCCACUGGGAAAACAAUGAUACCGCCAAACUUCCAGGAAGCUUUCCAGAUUGGAAUAUAUUGGGCAAACAGUAAUACUGUGCACAAGUCAGUCGCCAUUAAGCUCGUUCACAACAUGACAUCCCCCAAAUGGAAAGAUGGUGACAAUGAGGAGGUGGUAACACUGGAUGAAGAAGGAUUUGUGGAAGCAGAGAUCAGACUUGGAGCUUUUCCAGGUCAUCAGAAGUUGUGUCAGUUCUGCAUUUCUUCCAUUGUUCGACGUGGUAUUCAAAUCCUCCAGAUUGAAGACAAGAGUAUAAUUGUCAAUAACACCCCAUUCCAAAUCAGUGGCUGGCCGCUGUACUCUGCUAUGAAGUCCCAGCUCAGGGAAGAGUUUUUACCAUCUCCAGACAGCAGAAUAUUUAAUGUUGGUUUUGCUAUGGAGUCAGAUGCUGCCAAAGCUUGUUCUGUGCUUUACUGGGACUUGAUGCCUGACAUGAGCCAAUUCAUUUCUGAGGAGCUUCCCAUUCAGAAGUAUAUGUUGCUAAGCUUCAGACACAACACAAAUGGUCCCGACACUCCAUGCUGGAGCUUACCAGCUGUCAUUAGACAGGAAUUCCCAAGGCAGAGCAUAGCUGUACCUGUUGGUAGUAGAGAUGAAAAUGGAUUCUGCACCAGAGCUAUAGCACUGACUUACCAGGAACAUCUUGGGGUGACAUACUUAACGCUAUCAGAAGAUCCUAGUCCUCGCAUAAUUAUCCACAACAGGUGUCCUGUCUCACUGCUUUUGAAAGAAAACAUCAAAGACACACCAAAGUUUGCUAUUUACUGCAAGCGUAUUCCAGCUGAAAGUUCAGUGCACCAUGAGCUUUAUCAUCAAAUUGCCAGCUAUCCAGAUUGCAAAACCAGAGAAUUGGUUCCUAGCAUUCUUUUAAAAGUUAUAUCGUCAGAGGAACAGGCAAAUGAAUGGAGUGAUUCUGUUGACAUUAAUAACCAAGGAACACAGAUUAUUUUCUUAACUGGGUUUGGUUACCUUUAUGUGGAUAUUGAUCAUCAGUGCGGGACAGUAAUAAUCACUUUAACACCUGAAGGAAAGCUAGGACACCAAGACAGUUUGAUCAGAAGCCAGGAGCAAAGCCUUGUGUUUAAGUUGUUUAUUAACCAGCUGAGCCUCACAGUGUAUGAUGACAUCACGAACCCUAAAGUAUCAUCAGAACUUCUGCGAUUUACAGUAGACUACAUUUAUCUUAAUAUGGUUCCAGUUGCCAGCUACCUUAGACCUCUCUUUCAUAAAUUUCAAGAAGAGUCCACCAGUGGCCUUCAGCAGUUUUAUAUUCUCCAGAUUUACUGUGGAGACUUUCAGCUGGACAAUCAGCUUUACAACAAGUCCAAUUUUCAUUUCCCAGUAGUGUUGUGCCAGGGAGAAAAAAAUGAAACCAUACAGUGGGCUAAAGUCUAUAACCUUACGCUUUCCAGUAAAGACCUGGAAGAAUGUAACAAGAAUGCAUUUGUAAAACUUUGUGUCACUUUGUCAAAAGAGCAAAAUUUAUUAUUCCAUGUGAACGAUCUCAAUUUUGAAAUGAAACCAGCCAGGUUAUAUGUGGAAGACACAUUUGUGUAUUACAUUAAGACUUUAUUUGAGACCUAUCUUCCAGACAGCAAAAGCGUUUGUCACUCCGCAAAAGCAUUAACUGUGAGCCAGGCACUGCCAGAACAGGUGAGGCAGCAUGCAAACGCUUUAGUCAAUCCAGUAAAGUUAACGAAGCUGGCCAUCCAGCCAGUAAACCUCUUGGUGAGCAUCCAUGCUUCACUGAAGAUAUAUAUUGCUUCGGAUCACACUCCUCUCUCCUUUUCUGUGUUUGAACGAGGACCCCUUUUUACAACUUCCAGGCAGCUUAUUCAUGCCCUGGCCAUGCAUUAUGCUGCAGGAGCACUAUUUCGAGCAGGAUGGGUUGUUGGAUCUCUGGAAAUUCUUGGCAGCCCAGCCAGUUUGGUGAGAAGCGUUGGGAAUGGGAUUGCAGACUUCUUCAGGCUUCCCUAUGAAGGUCUCACCCGUGGCCCAGGGGCCUUUGUUAGUGGGGUCUCCAGAGGAACCACGUCAUUCGUAAAGCACAUAUCCAAAGGUACGCUAACAUCCAUUACCAACCUAGCAACAAGCCUGGCACGAAAUAUGGAUAGGCUUUCCCUGGAUGAGGAGCAUUACAAUCGGCAAGAAGAAUGGAGACGGCAGCUGCCAGAAAAUCUGGGAGAAGGACUAAGACAAGGCCUUUCCCGGUUGGGCAUCAGCCUUCUGGGUGCAAUUGCUGGGAUAGUAGAUCAGCCAAUGCAGAAUUUCCAGAAAACAUCAGAAGCCCAGGGUUCAGCCGGACACAAAGCCAAGGGCGUGAUCUCUGGUGUGGGGAAAGGAAUCAUGGGAGUUUUUGCUAAGCCUAUUGGAGGAGCAGCUGAGUUAGUCUCACAGACUGGCUACGGUAUUUUGCAUGGGGCUGGACUUUCCCAGCAUCCUAAACAGCGCUGUCCUUCAAGUGAUCAACAUGCUGAACAGGCCCCAAACAGCCACGUCAAAUAUGUCUGGAAAAUGCUUCAAUCGCUGGGGAGACCAGAGGUCUUCAUGGCCCUGGAUGUGAUAAUUGUGAGUGGAUCAGGCCAAGAACAUGAAGGAUGCUUACUCCUUACUUCAGAAGUGCUGUUUGUGGUUAGCAUCGAUGAAGACACACAGCAACAGGCAUUCCCAGUGACAGAGAUUGAAUGCCUGCUAGAUGGUGAACAAAGCAAUUUGUUGAAGGUGCAGCUCAAACAGCAGAGAGUGUCCUGUGAUCUGGAGGCAGAUGGAAACAGAGAGAGGUUGUCCGAACAACAGUACAACAGACUUGUUGACUACAUUACAAAAGCAUCCUACCACUUGGUUACUGUCCCUGUGUCUGUACAGAACACAGCACCUCUCAUAGCUGCCGAACCGGUUCCAGCAACAUUAAAGACUUAUCAAUACCUGGUUAAUCCCAUUUUUGCUCAUGUAUUCAUCAGCAAAUUUACUAUGGUAAAAAAUAAAGCUUUGAGUAGAGGAUUUAACUGAAAACACUCUGCUGAAAUGUUUCCAGAUUUAAAGUACUAUCUAUGCAGUUGCCUAAUAAGAACUUUACAUUUCACACCACAUGAAAACAGAUGAGUUUAAACUUAAGUGUGCUGGGAUAUUGAACUAGCACAUUAAAAAGAUGAUCUAUUUUGCACUCAGUACAUUAGAGAUGAAUUCUGUAGUCUCCUUUAUGAGACAGAAUUACGUAGAUAUAUAUACUGUAUAUAGCUGUCAGUAAACAAAUUGGCAACCUUGUAAGA